CUACUUCCAAGAAGAAGAUGAGAAGAAUAAUGCGGCGGCGCUGUAGAUGGUUCUCUAUCUCGAAUCCUCCUUGCAAGGCAAAGGCGAUUUUCAAGUGGUCAUGCUCUGGCUCCUCCCCUGUUUUCCACAAUGGAGCUUUCUACUGCCUUGACCAACAAGGACGGUUGAGAGUCUUGGAACCUCGCAGCAACAAGUGGAGACUGCUCACCACGGAACAUUCCGCCUUCACAAACAAACCUACCAACCAAGGUUAUCUCAUGGAAUCACACAAGGGAGAGUUGAUCUCGAUCGUGGUUGGGCCACGAGGAAAGUCCGUCACCGUCCUCAAGUUGGACAAAAAUCGUACAGUGUGGAGACGAAUGACCGACGUUGAGGGUCGAGUGGUUUUCUUGAGCCCCGCGUCAUGUAUGACCAUGUCGUGCGAGGAGCUAGGAGUGGAACAAUGAUUAUACGAGAACACCAUUCAUUUCGCGAGGUUUUGUGGGAGGCACAAUGUAUUCUACUCGCUUUCGACUAGGAAGUUCCACUCUUUGGGAGGAGGAUACGCUUCAUCAUCAUCAUCGGUGGACCUCUGUGGUACGCGCAUUCCAAUGAAUUGUACUUGGAUAC